UCUCUUCUCUCCUCCUUUUCCAGGAGAUGGAUCUGGAGAGCUUAGAAGCUGCGAACCAGAGCUUGCAGUCAGACCUGAAGCUGGCCUUCAAGCGGAUCGGUGACCUGCAGGCCGCCAUCGAGGACGAGAUGGAGAGUGACGACAACGAGGAACUCAUCAACAGCGAGGGCGACUCGGACGUCGAUUCGGAGCUCGAGGACCGUGUGGAUGGUGUCAAGUCAUGGCUGUCCAAGAACAAGGGGUCUUCCAAGACGGUCUCUGAGGACGGCAGCCUGAAGAGCAGCAGAACCGCCCUGAACUCAGUUGCUAAAGAGGGCAAGGAGGCUGACGAGAGGCCCGCCUCCGUCAUGAGCUCCCUAAGCUACAGGAAGCGGGGCAACCUCAAGGACUCCAUCGGGGGCAAAGGGGACGAGGAAACCCUCUUCUCCACCCUGAGCGAGCGCCCGGCCUCUCCCACCCGCUCCUUCCGCAAGGCCAAGCGCAACUCGGGGGCCAGCGGCCUGGACGACAGCAGCUCCGUCGCCUCGUGGAAGAAGCCCACCAGAGUGGUGGACGACCUGGACGAGAGGGGCUCGGUCCUCUCCCAGCCCUUCUCUGAAGCCAGCGGCCAGCUCUGCCACAAGGGCUUGGAGAAACGCUGGUCCAUCUCGGCUGCGGAGUUCGACAAGACCUCAGUUCUGUCCGCUCCCAUGAGUCACGGCGGGGCCUCCUGGGGCGGCCUGGAUUCCCGGGAGCAGGACGCCAGGUCAUCCCUCAGCUUCGCUCUCUCCAGCCCAGGCAGCUUGCGGCGGAGCACCUCCCGCCUGGACGACCUCAGCCCUUCCUACAGCCGCCCGGGCUCCCGCCUCUCCAUGGGCCACUCCCAGCUGGACGACGCAGCCAGCAUUGCCCCCAGCGACUCCUUCUCCCUCUACAGCCACCACUCCCUUUCCCGCAGCCUCUCUGUGCCCCCGCGGCCCCGCAGCUCCGCCGCCGAUGAGCUCCAGGCAGAGGAUCCCGACAUCCGGCCCGUCAGCCACCGCAGCUACCUGGACCCGGACCUGGAGGCGGCCAUCAACGAAGUGCUGAGCUACAAGCCCGUCAAGUUCAAGCGUUCCAGCCUGGAUCCUGACUCGGAUGGCGACGACGACAGGAAGAGCGUGCGGAGCACCAAGAGUGCCGUCCUGGCCGAGCACUCGGCCGAGCCCCCGGCCAGCAGCCUGCGCAGGUCAGCCUCGGCCUUGGAUUUCUCCAGGCCUCACGGCACAAAGGGCAAGAGCCGGAGGAGGAGCUCCAGCGAGUCCUCUUCCUCCUCCUCUUCGUCCUCUUCCCCGGAGCGCCAGCGGAAGAGCUCCAAGAAGCGCUCCAAGAAGUCCAAGAAGAAGUCCAAGAAGAAGAAGAAGCAGCGCUCGCGCUCGGCGUCCUCAGAAUCCUCUUCCAGCGGCUCGUCGGGCUCCACCGUCUCUUAUCGCAGCAACUCCAGUGUCAAGAAGGGCCCCAAGCGGGCUGGCCCGGGCUCUGAAGGGGAGGACGUUUCCAGGGAGGGCCCCGAGGCCGGGAAGUCCAACAAGCAGCUCAAGAAGGAGGAGAAGCAGCGCAAGAAGGAAGUGGACAGCCUGAUGAUGAAGUACCUGUAUCGCCCGGAGAGCGACUAAGCCCCCCUGGCUAUCGGAAAUCAUUCACCUACGACAAGUCAGACGAGGAGCGAGACACUUUUGACGGCGCCCACCGGUCCAAGCACUCCUCCCGGAGCUACCUG